CGCCUGAUGCACAUUUCCAGAGGUAUUUCACGAGUUUGCCCUCGUUUGCUGAAAUUACGCGGACUUCGCGCUCCAGAGGACACAUCGUAUAAAAACCCCGACACGAAAAAUAUGGGAAAAUAAACUCUAAAUUUAAAAAAAUAUAUAAUAAUUAAUUCGCAUUAACUGUCAAUAAUUAAUUGUGAUAUUUUUUCUGCAAAAGGGAGGGAGGCAAAAGUAAGCACAACUGACGUGGUGAUUUUGGUUUUGGUUGAGAAUUUGGUGAUUGUGAUUGGUUGUGAGUGGUCUUAAUAUGCCGUACCGAAACGUUUUGCUGCCGGUGGCCGUCGCAUUAGCAUUUUGGAAUUCAGAUUCCUUUGUCUUGGCUGGCAUGUCAAGUUCAGCGAAUGGAUUCAAUUCAAUACCAGAAACGGAAACACUGCCGCCAUUUUUGAAUCCGACAAUACCGCAGAACCGUUUCGAGCCAUAUUUUGACGCAAUGACACCUAGGAACGUUACGGCACUAGUUGGAAAAUCAGCUUAUCUCAGCUGCAGAGUGCGAAAUCUCGGGAACAAAACAGUGUCAUGGAUUCGCCACAGAGACAUCCACAUCCUGACCGUCGGCAGUUACACCUAUACGAGUGAUCAAAGAUUCCAGGCCAAAAACCAUAAGGAAACCGACGAAUGGACUUUACAGAUAAAAUGGGCUCAAAAGAGAGACGCCGGAAUCUACGAAUGUCAAAUUAGCACCCAACCAGUGAGGAGUUAUUUCGUCAAUUUGAAUGUUGUAGAAAACGAAUGGGGGGACGAACAGCCCCAAGAUGAAAGCUACAAAUGCGCUGACAACUGUAAAACGACAACUAAAAAUAUAACGCACGGAGAGCAGACAGUUCCGACUGCCCAGAUACUUGGAGGUCCGGAUCUCCACGUCGACAAAGGAAGCACGAUAAACUUGACAUGUUCUAUAAGAUUUAGUCCGGAGCCUCCGGCCUACAUAUUUUGGUAUCAUCAUGACGAGGUGAUCAGCUACGAUUCGAGCAGAGGGGGUGUAAGCGUUAUAACUGAAAAGGGUGACGUGACAACAAGUUUCCUAUUAAUCCAAGAUGCUGACAUAUCGGAUUCGGGGAAAUAUUCGUGCAGUCCGUCCAAUGCAGAUGUCGCUAGUGUUAGGGUACAUGUCCUGAACGGUGAAAGGCCAGCCGCCAUGCAAACAGGUUCAGCCAGGCUAUCUAAAAGUUCAUUGAAUAUUGUAGCUCUAUUGGUCAUCUCGUACAUUUACCAGCUAUGUACUUUCAGCGAUAUACAUGCAAUGGUUAGUUCAAGGUAGCUCUCAAAUCGCUUAAAGCGCCAUUUGUAAAUAUAAUAAUUUCAAUAUAAAACCUUUUAAGAAAGUUGCUAAUUUGCCAUGCUAGGUUUCAUUUUACCCAAAUAUGUAAAUAAAAACACAUUCCUCAUUUUGGCAUUUUUCAGUUGUAAUCUUAUCUAUAUCUCUCUCUUAUAUAUGUUAUUUUAAAAAUACAUUUUCGAAAUAACACCCAGUCAAAUGACCAAACACUUCUUCCCCCAAAAUUGUCGUAGGAAAAGUUAUUCAAUGUUUAAGUACUGGAUACAAUCAAUCAGUUUCACAAGCUUCUCUUGGUGUUAAAAAAUAACAUAUGUAAUCACACUCAAUAAUUUUAGUAACACAAGUGCUCCAUUUGCCAGAAUAGUUCUGAAACAUAGCUUACGAUUUUGAGAGUAUAUUUUCUGAACGUUCCCAUUCAUAGUUCCUCACUACUUUUAAUGGGGCACUUAACAGCAUUCGCCUUCGACUUCUCAAUUUUUCGAACUUUAUUGAACUGACUUUUUUAUUAUUAAGGAUACGUGGAAUUAAUAAAUAAUUUGUGGUAACAAAAAUCUUGUCAGAAGUCAACCAAACGAAAUUAUUUUCUCUGACGUCAGAAAAGCCAAAUGCGUACAAAAUUGUUUUAUUUCCCACACACUUUCCCAAUAUAAAUUAAACAAAAAAUAACAUUGCAGUGAUCCAUAUAUAAAUAAAUAUAUUAGUUAUGAUCCCGCUUUUUUAUUACGCUCAGCAGACACCAACUUAAUUUUAUUUCUGAGCAGUAUUAAUGUGUUAACAAUUUUUAUUUACCUAAUAUCGGGAAAUUUUGUAAAAAUGCUUAUGCAAAAGUGUUCAUUCAUAUUAACCAAGUGACACAGCAAAAUAAGUACACUCAAUCAUUUUUAAACGGUUUGGAAUUGGAAUAUAAUAUAAUUCCAUAUAUCUCCCAUUAUACCUAACCCAUCUGGAGGUAUCGGAGGUAUAGAAGAGGUAUAUAGAGGUUUAGGAGAGCUAUAAUGGGAAGUAUAUCAGGCAUACGGAGUAGUUCAAAUGUACUGACCUGUCCGAGCGUACCAAUAUCUACUUAUUUAUUUUUUUAAUUGAUCUUAAAACUGAAUUUUCAGGAUUUAUUUUCUGUCUAAGUAUUUGUGGCAGUGUUAGCUGCCUUGACCCUAUCAAAAAAGAAAAUCGGAAAUAUGGUCCAGCCAUGUUAAUCGAUAAAUAUACCGUUUAAUAAUUAUCGAGCGUUCUUCUCAUUUUUUGGUUAACAGCGUUAAAACAUCACCGUUCACAUUGGCACAAGACUUUCCUGCACAAUUUUUAAAAGAUGUCAAAAUUUUUGUUGUCCGAUAUACAAUUGGAUAAUGUUUCAUAUCAGUUCUUACUAAUUACUGUUGUUAAUAUAUAAAAAACAUGAAAAAACAUAAGGCGCAAUGAAACGAAGCAAAAGGCAGUUCGAUGUUAUUUGUUAACCUAAAUAUCCAUUGUAAAUAAACGCAUAUUUAAAAAGAUAUAAAAAAAUAUAUGAUAUUUGUUAAGCUCUACAUGAUUUGUGGGAUAUUAUCGAAUUAAAUUUAAACAAAUGCUAUUUUCUUUUUAAGAAAAUAUGUCGGUUAAAUGGGUUGUAUAUUUUAAUAAAUUUCUUAUAUAAAUGUAUGUAGCAUGGGCUGCAGAAAAGUCAUCCCAUCGCAACUUUAAAAAUCGAGACUUUGCGGUUUGGCCAGUACGUAAUUAAAAAUUUGCGAUUUUGUACGUAAAAAUGAAUAUGUGAUUCUUUCUCGUAAUGCGUGUAGAAGAAUUGUAAUACUUAAGAUAUGACGUAAUUAACCUACAGGGUGUAACUGAUUCGCAGAUUUCAUAAGUGUAAUUGUGAGGUUAUGAUAUCUUUAAAGCUUCAAAAAUUCCCGUUUUAAUUAAGUGUAUUCGAUUUGUUUACUUCUAAGACACAAAACGUUUCUAGCGGUUUUUUAAACGAGUUCGUAUUACAGGUACUGAAUGUAAAAAAACGUGUGUAAAUGUAAAUUACAGGUGUAAAUAAUAUAUAUUUGCCGUCGUUCAAACGAUAUAUAGAAACAUCAUUGAAAUAUUUCUAUAUAUUACACCACGAACUUUUGUACAGGACAAAGCAACCGCAUAAUAUUUGUAUAUAUAGGAUUCUUUCAAAAAAAAAAUACGUUAUGGAGUUUCGAUGCGGACCUUCAAAAAUUAUAAUAUAGUCCUAUAACAUUAACGUUUUGAGGGCAGCGUCGAAAUUGCAUAAAUGUUCAAAUAAUUUAAUCAAUAGAGACUUUCUGUCUUGCAGGCAGCAACACACAUUCGUAAUAGCUAGAAAUGGACUUAGUAAAUAAGGAAUAUUUGUUAGUUGUUUUGUAAAUAUUAAAAAAACAUGUGACAAAAAUCAAUAGCAAUCUCUCUCUGUACAAAAUGUUUUAUCGGUUGAUUUUCAUUUAAGUUUCCCUCCCCCCUUAUUAUAAUCAAUGUUUUUGAAACUGUAAUUGUAUAUCGAUGAUUCUAAUAUCUCAGAUUAUAAAAUAUGUAGCGAACAUGUAUUUCAAGAUAAGAAAUGUAAAAGUUUAUUAUUAAAUAAACAGAUG